UUAUUCCUGGGGAAAACCACACCGCAACAGCUUUUUAAAAGGUAGAACGAUCAUCGCAAAUAAUAAUAGAAUCACUUGGUAUUUAUCCUUAAAAUGAAUCAAUGAAACAUAAAGUACUAUUGACCUACAGAUUUUAGUCCCGAGUAACAGCGUAACAAAUAGCAACACAAUGACGGACCCUGGCGACUGUGAUACUUCAAACCCAGGAUUUUUUAUGAAAUCUACAAUCCAGUCUCUUCAAAUGAAAUUUCCAUCAGUUAAAAAUAUUUCAACAGCAAUAUUAGCUAAAUGGUUAAAGACACCUAAUGAAAGAACAGUUGUGAUAUUGGAUGCAAGGGCGCAAGAAGAAUUUGAUGUUAGUCAUUUAGAUGGCGCCUUAAGAGUGGACUAUAAAGAUAAAGACAUUGAACCUUUGGCUCAGAAAUGUAGCGAGAAACUAAAAGACAAACAAAAUCCGACAAUAGUGAGUUACUGUUCUUUGGGCUACAGAUCAAGUGUGGUUGUCCAAAAGCUUCAAGAUUAUUAUAAAGAAUCGGAGAAGCAACCAGUUCCAGAAAUAUACAACCUUUCAGGUUCUAUUUUUAAGUGGGCCAAUGAGAGAAGGCCAUUGGUUGACAAUGCUGGUAAUCCUACAAAGUAUGUUCAUCCUUAUACUGCAUUUUGGAGUAAACUUCUCGAUUCAUCACUGUGGAAAACAGAGCCAUAAACAAUUUUAGUGCAAUUAUUUGCCUAUGUAAUUUACAUAAAAUAACUUUUCAGUGUUCAGAUUUAAACAUGUGUAUUUUUUCUCUGUUUUUUUUUUAAGAGUGGCAUAGGGAAAGAGAA